ACUGUCAUGGCCUAUGACCGCUACGUUGCCAUCUGCAAACCCCUGCACUACGGGACCCUCCUGGGCAGCAGAGCUUGUGCCCACAUGGCAGCAGCUGCCUGGGGCAGUGGGUUUCUCUAUGCUCUGCUGCACACGGCCAAUACAUUUUCCCUACCCCUCUGCCACGGCAAUGCUGUGGACCAGUUCUUCUGUGAAAUCCCCCAGAUCCUCAAGCUCUCCUGCUCUGACUCCUACCUCGGGGAAAUUGGGCUUCUCAUGGUUAGUGGCAUUUUACUCUUUGGAUGUUUUGUUUUCAUUGUGGUGUCCUAUGUGCAGAUCUUCAGGGCCGUGCUGAGGAUCCCCUCUGAGCAGGGACGGCACAAAGCCUUUUCCACGUGCCUCCCUCACCUGGCUGUGGUUUCCCUGUUUGUCACAACUGGCACGUUUGCCUACCUGAAACCCCCCUCCAUCUCCUUCCCAUCGUUGGACCUGGUGGUGUCACUUCUGUACUCGUUUGUACCUCCAGCUGUGAACCCCCUCAUCUACAGCAUGAGGAACAAGGAACUAAAGGAUGCCUUGAGGAAUCUGUUUGAAUACAUGCUCCUUCAGCAUCCAUAA